UGGUUCUCUCCCCUCGACAGAAAAGGGACAUUUUGAUAAAAUUUUCACCACACUUAGAGUGGUCUGUUAAAUGGUGUAGACAAAGCUAAGGAGAUGUCCCUAACUGUGGCGGACAGAGCCGUUGGGGCCAUUAUCGGGGCUGCAGUGUCAGAUGCUGCUGCCCAGCCCAUGCACUGGAUCUAUAAUCCCGACCGUCUCAAAGAGGUUCUGUCUGAUCUGGAGCCAUGUCCUGAAUUUCGUCCUGAGUCGGCAAAUCCUUUUUACUGCCGGACGACAGGCGAGCAGACAUGUUACGGAGACCAGGCGUUCGUUCUGCUCCAGUCUCUGAGCACCUGUGGAGAUGUGGAUGUGAAGGAUCUGACCGAACGUUUCUAUGAGUUCUUCGGUCCAGGAACCGUGUACGAUCUGCCUCUGAAUGAUCCCUACAGGAAGAAAGGAGGCCCUAAAGCCGUCCUUCCUCUCCCUGGCCCUUGGAGAAACGGGAGCCUGAAAGCUUUCAUGAGAAAUGUUGAUGCUGGAAAAGAAGAAACUGGCUCUGAUGUGGACUGUCAGAUGGAUGGGGUCACAAAGCUUGCUCCACUUGUAGCCAUGUUUGCAGGUCAACCUGAGGUGUUGGAGAAGGUGGAGAGAGCUGUCAGAGUGACGCAGAACAACGACAUGUGUGUGGCUGUGACUCUGGCUGCUGCAAGGAUUUUGGAGCAUUUCAUCCUGAACGGGCCUGAUCCUGGAGUUCUAGAUAAAGUUCUGUCUCAGAUGAAUGACCCAAAAAGACAAAACCCACAGGAGCUGGACCGAGCUGUUGUUGCUCAACUCCAGCAGGUGAAGGAGAACCUGUCAAGAGGCAGCUCUCAGCUGAUCCCUGCUGUCUUCACCAAUACAUGAGCUCUGCCUGGUGCAUUCCAGGGAGCGCUUCACGCCGUCCUGACGCUGACCCAGCUAGAUGAGGCCGUCAGGGACACGAUGAGGCGCGGGGGAUGCACCGCCAGUAGAUCCUCCUUCAUUGGAGCAUGUUUUGGAGCACAGACUGGUGUCCAGGGGAUCCCUGAGUCAUGGAAGGAGAGGACGCUCAGAUUUCCUCUGCUGAUGGAGCUUGCUGAAAACAUAGUCAGAAAGAACCAACAAUUCUAGUUCAGCCAUGAUUCUGCUCUAAAUACAUUUAUUUAUCAUGAGUGUGCAUAAAGUCUAUUUUUAGAGGGUGUUUCUCUGGUUACAGAUGCUCUUGGACAUGAGCAUUUAUGACAGUCUCAUUUGAAAGUCUCACUGAAUGAAACUUGAAUCCUUUUGUUUUGUCUGAGAUGCAUCGUGUAGGAGAGAGAAACUCAAUCUUCAAUAAAUGCAAUGUAAGUUGGAAAUAAAUCACUUUAUGAAAUCAA